UCGUUGUACAUUUCUCAAUGUAUCUUAAAGAAUGGAAGACUAUGCACCAAGUCGUUAUAAAAUGCUGGAAAAGAUUGGCGAAGGAGUGCAUGGCUAUGUUUUCAAAGCAAUGGAUCUGCAACGGCAAGAGCCUGUGGCUAUUAAGAAAAUAGCGCUGAAGAAUAAAUUCGGCAACAUUUCUCUGAAUACUUUGCGAGAAAUCAAAACACUGCAGUUAUGCCAAUCGGAAUAUAUAGUAUCAAUUAUUGAUAUAUAUCCAGACUUAACCGGGCUGGCCUUGGUACUCGAAUACAUGCCUGAAACCUUAUACGGAAAAUUGAGGAACGAAAUGAAUCCACUAAGUAGACAACAAAUACGAAAGUUCGCACUAAUGAUGCUUAAGGGAAUCGAAUAUUUGCACAACAUCGGUAUAAUGCAUAGAGACAUAAAACCAGCCAAUAUGCUCAUAAGUGAAGACGAAACUCUUAAAAUAGCUGAUUUCGGUUUGGCGCGUUUGUAUUUUCCAAAAGAAGAAAAUAAGUUAUAUUCACCUCAAGUGUCUACGCGGUGGUAUAGAGCACCAGAAAUACUUUGGGGGAGUCAAAAGUAUGGUCCAGCUGUUGACAUGUGGGCAGCCGGUUGUGUUUUUGCUGAAAUGCUUCGGGGAGUUCCAUUGUUUCCUGGUGCAACCGAUAUCGAACAAUUGGCUCUUGUUAUAAGAACAUUAGGCAACCCAAGGCUCAAUGAGUGGCCAGAUCUUACUUCAUUACCGGAUUAUAACAAAAUACGGUUCCCAAAUGCGGUUGGAGUUCAUUGGGAUAACCUAUUUCCUAGUUGCACGCAUGCAGUCGAAAUCAAUUUGGUAUCGAACCUAGUUGUCUACAAUCCGAAGAAUCGCCUAACUGCCACAGAGGCAUUCAAUCAUGACUAUUUCCAAUGAGCUCAAAGGAGAGGGAUUCCAUAUGCACUGAUUAACUAAAAAACUGUUAAAUAAGUGUAGCGGAGUGUGGAUAUUCAACUGUAUUCGACAUAUUACACUGAUUCAUUAGCCAAUGAAGCUUAUUUUUGGACUAUUAACAGCAAUGCUACCUUUUUACAAAGCGCUAGUUUAGAACUGAACUUGAAUCAUAAAUUUUAAGUGA